AUGGAGAAAAGAACAUCCGCUACGAAUAAUAAUAUCAUUCUAAGGCAAAGAGAACCGAAAGAAGAACAACGUUUAAUGUGCAAUAAUGACACUCAAAUAUAUGCUUUAGAGACUAUCCAUUCUCUUGAUUGGAAAUUAUUUAGGUGGUUGGCUUCCUUGCAAAAAGUUGAAAAUUUUAUUUAUUUAUUUAUCGUAAUUUGGAAUUCUACUUCAUUACGAGAUAAUCCACAAAUUUCACAAGAAUUCAUAAAUGAUACCAAAAAUUUGAUUGAGUCCGUAAAAGAAUUGGCUACUUUCAAAGCACUCCAUACUACGCAAAGUAAUGAAUAUAUUAGCAAUUUAAUAGAAUAUAAAAAUUCUCGCUGUGCCGAAAAUCAUGCAUUGAGUAAAAAGUUAGCCAAUAAUGCUUGGGCAGAAUUAGAAGAUAAUAGAUUAAACAAUUCAUAUGCUUUUGAGGAACAACUACUACGUUUAACGUACGAUCAAAAAAUGUAUUUACGACAAAUGAUCUAUCAUAGAAUGAGUUCUUUUCGAUUAACUGCGACAAAAUUACAAUAUGCAUGGAAAAAAAUAGGAAACUUACAAGAACAGAUAAAGGCCUUGAAGGAAGAAAAUUCACAACAACAAGCGGCUCUUGGAAAAAUAAUAAAUGUAUCUUGGGAUGAUGAUGAUUGCAACAGUUCAGCGAAAUUAAUUUCUGAUAUUGAAGAAUUACAGGAUAUGUUAACAGAUUUUACAAUGGUUCAGGGAAGUGAUUUUAAAGUUAAUAAAGAUUCUGCAACAAACCUUUUAAAGAAUUAUAACUGUCAUACGAAAUAUCCAAGUACGGAUGCAGAGCUUGUUUUAGGAGCGUUACUUCAACGUUGCACGAUCGCAACAGUCUUGGAUGAGGCACAAAAGCACAUACUAAAUGCACGUUCAGAAAACUUUGAUCCACUUGAAAGUGAUAUUGUCAAUACUACCGAAAGUUUAAUUAGUUAUACCGAAUUAUUUAGAGAGAAACGUAAAGGAAAUGAUGAUAUCACUAAAAUUACACCAAUUAAAAUACGUCAACACGUUUAUUCUGCACUUGGUUGUCGCGGCUUUUCCGAUGAUGAAAAUCCUUUAAUUAAGAGAACGGCAAAUAAAUUGUUGGAUGAAAUGAAUCAAUUUAGACAAGUAACGGAUAAAGAAACUAGCGAUGAAUUAAUUGAUCUAGCUCUUAAUAUAACUCGUGAAAUUAUUAAUAUAUUUUGUUUUCGUUUAAAAACACAAGCUUCUGAAUUGCAGCAUAAAUUUUUCCAAGCUGGUCAAGCGAUAGACACCCGCUAUAUGCAAGGAAGCUUUGGACGUGAAGAAGCUAAAAAAUUGGAGGUAGAAAUUUGUGGAUUUCCUUGCAUCGGUGUGUUUGAUAAUGAUCGGAAAGUAUUUACAAAGGCUCAAGUCAUUGCAAGACAAAAAAGAAGCAAUAGUCGUGAUUCUAUUGUCAAUACCAUGAAAAGCAUGGUUAUUGGAAAUAAAUGA